AUGAACUCCGCCGUGGAGUCCUCCCUACUCUCCAAACUUCAGUCCUCCGUAGAUCUUGCCGACAUUUAUACCCUCUUCUCCAGCUACCUCCACCCAUUCAAACCCCACCUAGCACCCAAAAAACCCUCGUCAAGGCCCCCCAAAACCCUAGAAACCACCACCAUUCGAUCUCUUGCGAAGCAAUUCCUCCCAUUUCUUAACAAUUCCAUCUCUUUUCUCCCCAAACGACUUUCCUCCGAAGCCCAAGCCACAAGCCCCAACAAGAUUUCCCGCGAUUCAGCCUUUAAACUGUUCGAUGUUUACCGCCUCUGCCUCAACUGCCUACAUUUGGUCUCUUCGCAGUUAGAGUGUAAGACUUACGCUAUUUACCUUCAACAGCUUCGACUAGUUCACUGUUUGGAGGCGUGGGAAUUGUAUAAAGAGGCGGAAACAGAAUGUUUCUCAGUGUUAGAUGGUCUUAGAGGGAUCAAUUCUGGGAAAUCGGGGGCAAAGUUCAAGAAACUCUUGCUGCCAAGGUUGGACGAAGAGGACGCGGAUCAAUUAUUUGCUGGUCUGGUUGUGGAGACCGUCGUCAGAUUGACGAAAUGUGCUUUGGUGAAUCAAAGUAAAGAUGGGAAUGAUUAUAAGCGAGUUAUAGCUUUGAUUCAUGAAGCCACACCUUGGUUUGAUGUUUUAGAUGGCAAUGCAUAUGAGAAAUGGCAUAAGGUACUUCUUGGGCAUAUAUCUAAAAUUGCUGUGAAGUUGGUUGAGGAACUGGAGUUUUUUGAUCUAGAGUUGGUGCUCGAAUUUUGUGAUGUGACCUUUUCUGUGUUCAAAAGAUCUCAAGAUCAAGUUUACAAGUUGGCUUUGAGAAUAUGCUGUUGCCUUUUCUCAAAAAAGAGUUGCCAAUUGUCUUAUAUCAUUGGCAUACUAAAUUUUGUGUUGAGCACCUUAGCUUCUGAUUGCAAGCUCAACGUGGAUUACACAAUAAUGGAGUUUUUGGAGAUUGUCCAUUAUUGUGCUCAAAGAUGUCAGAAUGCAUCUCCAGCAGUUUGUUCUGCUGUUGCAGAACAGUUAAAUAGGUUAGCUGGUUCUCAGGCUAUACCACUAAUUGGCUCUACAAUGGCGCUUUAUUCUGCUGGAUUGUUAAUCUUUUCAUUUGACUGUCAAUCAAGAAUUGAUGAAUCUACAACCCGAAGAUCCACAGGAUUUUUCCUUGAUGAUGAAGAGAUGCUCCAACAAUUGCCCAUCUAUCUCGAUUUGAUGAAAGAAUUUUUCGAUAUUGGAGGCAGUAGGAAUGGCUUGUCAAAGAAACAAAUUUCACACGUGCUAUGUUAUUGUAAUGUUCUCAAAUUCUUGUGCCAACCAUUUGCUAGUUUCAUUGUUAAAGAGAGGAAAGAGAUAUUUGCUGUAAGAAAUCAUGCAAUCUUUAUUACCAAUCUAAAAAUCAUCCAGGAUGUGUUCAAUCAGUUCUGCUACAUUUGUCGCCAGUUUUGUGGCACAGGUGCAAACAGUAAUGUAUCUGUGAACUGUUCAUCUGAUGAUAAUACCAAAGUGAUAACUCAUGUAUCUGUUGCUACUUUUGCUCUCUCUCUCAAAACAGGAUAUCACAUUAAGGAAAGUGAGAACCUUGUGAAGUAUGUUGCUUCAAGUGAUUGGAUUGAGGCUGAUGGAUUCAAGUAUCUCUUUGCCUCACUCUACAAUGUUGCUGUUGUUUUAUAUAGGAAUAAGCAAAUGAAGGAGGCUUCAAAAGCUCUAACACUAAGCUGCAAGGCAUCCUGGAAUCAUGUAGUAUAUCAUUGCAAAUCCAGUGAGUUUCGGGGAGAUCAGUCAGGACAUUGUUUUAGAGCUUUUGUGGAUGGGGCCAUGAAUUUGGUCAAUGACACAUCUGAAAAAACAGCCUUUCUAUUGGACCUACUUUUUGAAAACAAUCAAUGUAAGAUUAACAGACAGCUCAAAGAUAGCCUUGAAAAAUGGUGUAUUGCAGAAUAUAUGUUCAAAUCACUUCCACCCCCUUUAGCUUUAGUCAGACGUUGGGUAAAGAUACAAAAUAAACUCUGUAAGAAUUUAAGUGAGCAUAGCGCACCAACUUUGUAUUGUUUGCUUUCAUCAUCAGUAAAUGUGUCUGAAAGGGCUCUCGGUGUACUAUUGGAGCAGGAACUAGUUGCCUAUAAAGCAAAGAGUGCUGUGGAUCCAAGAUUUUGUCUGAAAAUGCGAAUGAAGAUCAUAGGCAUCCUUUUGGAGAAAAUAUACAUCUCUAGUGAUACCUAUGUCCAGAGGUCAAGAAUUCUAAUUACAAAAGGAGAGGAAUACCGAGAACUUGGAAUUGAAAGUCUGGAUGAGUGCAUACAGUGUUUAUGUGAUGCAAUUUUGUUAUUAAGGGACUUCUGUGAUAGAAAUUCAAAGUAUGAUGGUCAAGCUCUCCAUCUGAUGGCCUGCGCUUAUUGUUUACGUGCAUUGUCUGCACAGGAGAAAAUUGAAGCAAACUCAAAGGUGUUAUUGCUUAAAAGCUACUUUGAAGAUAUUCAUGCUGCUGUUAAUCUGUGGUUGCAUCGACAUCAAAGCAUUGCUUCUAAUCAUUGCAAUACUCUCGAAGAUGUACUACAGUUGUUUCACCAGAAGGUUCACCCCCUUCUGUCUUUUGAGAGCAUGUUAAAGUUGUUGUAUCAUGUUCUUGAUUUUUUAGCUAUAAAGGGCUAUAUGGAAAUUCAUGCAGACAUAUAUGAGAUAAUUAUUCAAUUGUUCAAAUGGAAGAAACUUCCUUUGGAGGAGGUUCUAAUUAUGCUAUGGAGAAGUAGAAGGGUUGGACAUGCCAUCUGUGCUUCACCUAUAAGCGAAACCUUAGUCUCAAAGUUGUCACAGCAUUAUGGUAAAGUUUCUGAGUUUAUUGGGUAUUGGAUAAAAUGUAUGCAGCCUUCACAUGCGCUGCUAGUUGGAUUCAAACAAAGGUUCUUUUCAACAUUACCUGUCUCUGCGCAAAACUCAUUUGAACAUGAAAGUCUAGAGAUCACAGAUGAUGAAAUCAAGUCAGUUGCUUCUGAUCCUACUUUCCAUGUUUCUAUAGAAGAAGUCAAACUUGCUGCUUCUGAUCUUACUUCCCCUGUGCCUGAAUCCAGCACUGGAUGUUUUCUUUCUGCACAUCUCUACUAUGACUUGAGUGAAAGAUUAAUUAUGCAAGGACAAGUAGUUGAGGCUCUUUCAUAUGCAAGGGAAGCCUACCAAUGUCGUACUAAACUCUUGCGAGAGAAAUUCUUAUAUUCUGUAAAGAAUCAGGCUGAGAUUAAUCAUGAAAAUGGAGAUGGCACCCAAAGGCAUUGCUAUAGCCUUGAAAACUUCCAAAUGCACAAUUUAGUGGCUACUGAAGCUUGGAAUUAUGGUGCUCCAUGUGAUUUUGAGAGCUUUGUUUUGACUUCUUGGAAUAUACUUCAGUGUUAUCUUGAAAGCACACUGCAGGUAGCAAAUAUUCAUGAGAUACUCGGAGAGGCAUUGGAAGCUGAAGCUCUUCUACUGUGGGGAAAAGAAAUUGCCAUUCGUCAGUGUCUGCCCCUUUUUGUGAUUUCUUUUACUUCAAUGCUAGGGAAGCUCUACCACAAAAGGAUGCUCUGGGAAUUGGCAGAAAGGGAACUAAAAGCUGCUUCACAGCUCAUGGCUGACAACUGCAACAUGAUUUCUUGCUCAAAGUGCAGGAUGCUUCUGGAGUGUACCAUUUAUCAACAACUGGGGGAUUUGUACAAAAGCCAUUUGUGCAGUAACAUGACUAAUCCUUCUUUUGAGAUGUUAUCUUAUGCUGUAGAAAAGUACAGAUCAGCCUUGCAUAAGUUGAAUAAUUUUGAGUGGGAUUAUUCUACCGGUAGUUUUCCAGAUGCAACUGGUGAGCAGGAUGAGUAUAGAACUAGAAGCUCAUUUUUCAGCUGUUCGAUAGAUCCUUUGGAUACAAUAGAGCUCCCUUCCAAAAAUGAAUUGCCCGACACAAAAACUCAAAUGAAAAGACCUAGGAAGACUAAAAAAGAUGACAAAGCUUCCUCACUGCAUGGACAGUGCUUGGUUGCAGGCCAUCAUUUGAGGAUGACUCGAUCUAGAUGUCGGUCUUUGCAAAAAAGUGGUGGAAGUCUAUCAAGCAGUGAUCAAUGUGGGCCUCCCAUAAAGUCAAACAAUGAUCACUUGUUUGCUUCUAAUGUUGCACCUAAUCAAAGAGGACUCUUAUCAGAAGCUAAAUUGUCUCUUGAUGACUUUGCAUGUGAAAUCACAAGGUUUUGCAACAAAAUCAAAUGUUGGCAUUGUCUUGCUCUUGAAGCCCUCAAGUCUAAGUCUUUGACAGAUUUUGUGCAUAUGAACUGGGACCUCGUCCACAGACGGAGCUCCUUAACUUUGCUCAUCAGCAUAGGGCAAUGUUUGGGCACUUAUGCUGAUGACCAUAAUGCACAUAAGAUUGUUUUGAUGAGUGUAUCACUGCUGGGGAAUCCAUCCUGUCCAAAGUACUCUUCAUUUUCCUCUAUGUCCUUAAUUGAUUCAAUCAAUAAGGAUAUCCAAGGAGAUGUAUUUGCUGUUGAGCAUGCAAUGCUACUUUACAAUAUCUGCCGGAUUGCUGUGAAACACUACUCUUUUGGGUUUGCCAGGGAGAAUGGUUGCCAAUUGUCAUGUAUUGGGAUUCCCAGAAUCUUUUCUUGGUUGAAGCUGGCAUUUAUGCUCUGCUGUCAAGUUCCCUUACUUUCUCAGAAGGUUUCCAGGUUGCUUACUGUGCUCUACAUGCUUUCGACCUCAGUUGAGGCUUUUUCUAUGUCACCUGAUGAAGCAGUUUCUCAAAGUCACUGGGCUACAUUUUUCCACCAAGCUUCGAUUGGUAGUCAUUUUAACCAGCAGCUACUUUCUAGCAUGAUGAGGAAGCCAAAAGUUGAAGGCAUGAUGGGUCUUGAGGAUUGUUCUUUUUCUAGCUCAAAUUUUGUUUCCCUCAGUGCCAUUAGCUUCCUCAGGCUUGCACCUGAUUCACUAGAAGGUUUGGGCAAAUAUGUGAUGAGAUUCUUCCAGGAACUCCCUUGCACUACCAUAAUCUGUAUUAGUGUUAUAGGAGGUGCUGAUGCCAUUCUGUUGAGAGAGCUAUUGUGUUGUACCUCUGCUCGAGCAUGGAUCCUCUUGUCCCGCUUGAAUUCUAAAAGCCAUCCCAUAUUCCUAGUUCUGCCUAUAGAAUCACUGUUAGAAGAAGCAUCAUUUGAUAUUUCCCUACAAGGCGAAGAUUUUGUCAGCCAGUGGCGCUGUCCAUGGGUCUAUACCGUGGUGGAUGAAAUUGCCCCAGCUUUCAGAUCUAUACUAAGGGAGAAUUACUUGUCUUCAGCAUCUCCAAAAGAAGACUCUACAAGCAACAGGGUACUAUGGUGGUCACAGAGGAAAAGGCUUGAUGAUUGCUUUGGUAAAUUUUUGCAGUACUUGGAAGAUUCAUGGCUAGGUCCUUGGAAAUACUUACUGUUAGGGGAUUGUUUGGACAGCAAACAUGUCAAGUCUCUGGGAAAGAAUCUAAUGGAUAGUCUUUUGCACAAAUGUAAAGUGAAUGUUGAUAAGGAUCUUGCUGAAGUUAUUCUUGGUGGUGCUUUGUAUUCUUCUGAAAUAAGAGAAUGUGGGUUACAGCUUAUUAUUAACAAAGGAUGUUACAUUGGUGGAUGUUGUGAGGCAUUAUCCAAUGCGUCUACUGAAGUCAGAAGACUUUCCCUGGAAGUGUUUGAGACAAUCCUUGAAACAGGACUUGCACUUGCAGAGACUGAAAGCCUUGGCCGGAAGCCUGUCACUCUUGUUUUGGACUCUGCGGUGCAGAUGCUUCCUUGGGAGAGUCUACCAAUACUAAGAAAUGAAGAAGUCUAUCGCAUGCCUUCUGUUGGCAGUAUCUGUACCACACUUGCUAGAUGCCAUCAGUAUCAGGAUCAGCUGCCUGAGCAGGGUGAAGCUUUCCCAGUUAUAGAUCCCUUGGAUUCCUUUUAUGUGUUGAAUCCCAGUGGUGAUCUUAGCCGCACACAGGUUGAAUUUGAGAAUUGGUUCAGAGAUCAGAAGUUUGAGGGGAAGACAGGAACUGUGCCUAAAAGUGAAGAAUUGGUGGGGGCAUUGAAAAUCUAUGACCUCUUCAUUUAUAUUGGCCAUGGAAGUGGAUCCCAAUAUGUUAAUGAACACGAGAUUAAGAAGCUCAAUAGAUGUGCUGCUACUCUACUCAUGGGUUGCUGUAGUGGAUCUUUGUCUAUGAGCGGAUGUUAUGCUCCCCAUGGUACCCCACUCUGCUAUCUCUUAGCUGGUUCUCCUGUUACAGUAGCAAAUUUAUGGGAAGUGACUGAUAAGGACAUUGAUAGAUUUGGUAAAGCUAUGCUGGACGCAUGGUUGAGAGAAAGAUCGGUUGUUUCAGAGAGGUGCACUAGAUGUGAUAUGCUCUUGGACAAAUUUAAGUCCAUAAAUAUCGGUGAGACUAGAGGAAAUGGAAAAGAAAGAACAAGAAAUAAAUCACCUGAUAGUUGUGUGAGUGUGUGUAGUACUUGUAACCGCAGACCCAAGAUUGGUUCAUUCAUGGGGCAAGCUCGCAAAGCUUGUAAUCUACCUUUCUUGAUCGGAGCUUCUCCCGUUUGCUAUGGUGUUCCGACAGGUAUAGCUGAAAAGAAAAGAGUUGUCGUAUUAUCCCCCUGAAAUUUGUUUGCCAGGGAAUAGUUUCAUUCUUUGACAAGCUUAGUAUAAUCUACAAGUCAAUUUUACAUUAUUGUC